AUGUUACACAAUCGAGAAAAAUUCUUAUGGACAGAUGCAUUGCGUCUAACGCUUAUCAAAGAAAUCAAACGUCGUCCUUUAAUUUGGUCGUCCAAUUCGAAUAAUUUUAACGGUAUGACUGAUAAAGUAGCUUAUCAAAUCACCAAAAAAUUACAUGAAGUAUCCACUGGUAUCUGUGAAUUAACAGUAAAUCAUGUAAAAGACGAAUGGAAAGCCAUCAGUGGUGAAUGUGUUCGAGUUUUAGAUGUAAACAGUGAAUUGACACAAACGGAAUCGUCAAUUUGGCGUUUCAGUUAUGUGCUGAAAUUUAUGCUUUAUGCUGUAACACAUACAGAAGAAGGGAAUGCUUAUGUUCUACUCUAUGUUAAUAAGUUGAAAAUUUUCUGUGUAGUCGGUGAGAGCGAUAUUGUAGGCGUACUUUGGCCUUUUUCCAACGUAAGCGUUCAGAUUAAGGGAAAAGUUGAAAGAGCCAUGAUCAUCAAAGUGGGUCGACGUAAUGUUAUGAUUGCGAAAUGUAAACACGUAUCUACUUCUAUAAAUUCAUUUGUGAUAACGAAUGACAAGCUUACCGAAUCACAAAUGUUACCUAACAAAGUUGCGAUUCAGCCAGUGCAAUAUAGUGGUUCCCUUAUGAGAAAGGAUGAUCAGAUAGUAUACCAUGAUAGCGGAACAUAUUCCGAUAGAGAUGAUUCUGUAAAAAAUGCACCCUUAUCACUGCGCAUGCCAGAUGUUGGAGAAAGCAAACCAUUCUCAGCAUUGCAAUUGUUACUUCAGAACAGAACCUCACCGAAACAACCGUUAUUCUACGGUGUCCCCUCCUCAGCAUUAACUCAUAUUGAUUUUGAGUUAUACAAGAAGCCUACACAACUUCUUCCACAGUCUCAGCCAUCCGCCAGUUGCAAUCGACCCGUUCCGCAACCUAGCGUCAGAGUUCCACUUGCCGAAAAACGCAUUGAUACUGACCCAACUUUUCCGCUCGAAUAUUCUGGAGUUCCAAUUAGGAUCACAAAACAGAUAGAACACUUGAGUUAUCGUUGGGGCCCUUUACUUCGAUGCCUCACUAAUAUGCGUUUUGAAGCGGAUGGCUUGAGACGUAUGGCUGUUGCUAUUAAAAGAAAUAUUGAGAAGAACUUGAAAAUAAUUAUGACAUGCUUUGCUGAAAGUGAUUUUGCUAAGCUUGCUUCACAAGCUCAUUCUGGUCUUUCAAUUCCUUCACGCUAUAUAGCAUAUGAAAAAGGGAUGAAGUCAGUGUUGGUGCAAACGGAUGAAGCUUUUAGUAAAGAAGACAAUUUUGUCUAUAUCGGAAAGGUUUAUGAUGAUGAGGUUUACAGAUAUUGUCCCAGAGAGAUUGUUCAUCACCUGGUGGCUACUUCUUCUCAUCCAACAGCAUUUGUUCGACGUCUUGCGCGACAUAUUUUUACACGUGAAGAGAUCAGCAUGCUAUUUUCCGAAAAUGUGAACAUGAGUCAAAUGGAGCGGAUUCGAUGGAUGGAAAUUAUAACAUCUAUAUGUUAUCCGCGCAAAAAAUUGUCAUCAAUGCAUAAAAGCUGUAUACAAGCAUUGUCUGGAUUGGCUGAUUACGAAAAUUUAUUGUUGGAAUUAGAAAAAGAGAACCACAGUAUUGAUAGUUCAGAGGAAGACAGUGUUCCUGCAAAGCGAAUCCGUUCGGAUGAUGCAUGUUCAUCAACAUAUGAGCAGCGAAAUGAAAAAAGGAAACUACAAGAUUAUUUGUUGCCUCAAACUCUGUCUCGUAUAAAACGACAACAACCAAAUGCCGAAGGAUUUGCUGUUAAAGUUGCUAUCUUAUUAUAUACGGGUGAUGAUGAUAUCCAGAAGCCAUGUAAGCAAAAAAGGGACCAGGCAAAGCUGAUCUGGCUGAAGGAAAAGGUACAGGAAUUUUAUCCGAUGGAUACGGUGAGAAAUGUAAGUUAUCAAUGGAGUCGAUGUCUUGAUGCAUUGGAUACUCAUGCAAAUAAACUAAGGAAUAUGCCUUUUGAUGAAUAUGAUUCGAGCGACGAAUUCGAAUAUUAG